AUGUCCCAGGCCGGGAGCAAAUUGUCCUGGGUUGUUCUGGGUUGCUGUAAUAAACACUGGAGCGCAGCCACUCACCCAGCUAUUGGAUGCGUCAUAUCUUCUUUCACUUCUACAGCCGCACUUUUUCCUCGGCCACCAGAAGACAAGGCAUGCUCUAUAUUACAAGCCCUCCGACAAUACUUCUCACCGGUCCCUGGGCGUUUCUGUUGGACAUUAACCAAAGUCAAGGCCCACACAUAUAUUCCCGAAGUCAUCCCACUUUUCUCCUCCCCCGAACUAUUUCCGCUCCGCGGUUGA